UCUACUUUGAUGCUCCAGAUGCGUAUAAAAGGCAGUCUUUUAGAGUUAAAAGUCAGUCAAAGUCUUCCCUUUCGAAAGUAAUCAUGAAUAUUCGCGUGUUUCUUCUAUUUUUAGCGUUCUUCUUAGUUGACUGUCAAUUCGAUCCUCAUUAUGUUGAUAAGCGAAAUGUGAUUGUUCAUCUCUUCGAGUGGAAGUGGAAUGAUAUUGCAACAGAAUGUGAAAAUUUUCUCGGGCCAAAUGGAUUUGCUGGAGUUCAAGUGUCGCCCGUCAACGAAAACUGGGUGUCAGACAACAGAGCUUGGUAUGAAAGAUACCAACCAAUGUCCUAUAUGCUCACAACCCGUUCAGGCGAUGAGGCAGAAUUUGCGAAUAUGGUUAAAGUUUGUAACAAAAAUGGUGUUCGCAUAUACGUUGAUGUUGUCUUCAAUCACAUGGCUUCUGGAUCUCUGGGCAGUAACAUUGUGGGAACUGCUGGAUCUUCAGCUGAUCCUGACAGCUUCUACUACCCGGCAGUUCCUUACAGUAAAGGAGAUUUCCAUCCUGAUUGCACCAUAACAGACUAUCAAGAUGUCUAUCAAGUGAGGAAUUGCCAGUUGAGCAGCUUGAGGGAUCUCAACCAGACAAUUCCCUACGUUAGACAGAAGAUUAUUGAUUUUCUGGACCACCUAAUCGACUUAGGAGUGGCUGGCUUCAGGGUUGACGCUGCUAAGCACAUGGAUCCGAAAGAUCUGCGCUACAUUUACAACCAUGUGAAAAAACUGAAUAAAGAGGCCGGAUUCAAGGCUGCUGACAAGGCUUUCAUAGCCCAAGAAGUUAUUGAUCUGGGAGGAGAAGCUGUAACAUCACGCGAAUACACAUCAUUGGGCAUUGUCACUGAGUUUAAGGCAUCGGACGAUCUGGGAAAGGCCUUCCGUGGUCAGAUUCCUUUAGCAGAACUGGAUAAGUGGGGCCCUUCGUUUGGACUUUUGCCAUCGAAUAGAGCUCUUGUUUUCGUGGAAAAUCACGACAAUGAGCGCGGCCACGGAGCUGGAGGAGCGAAUAUUUUGACCUACAAAAAUGGGAAGAUCUACAGAAUGGCGGUGAUUUUCAAUCUAGCCCACUCUUAUGGAAUUCCGCGCAUUAUGAGCAGCUUCGAGUUUGAUGAUUCAAGCCAAGGACCUCCGCAUGAUGACAGCAAUAACAUCCUGAGUCCGCAAUUCUCAGCAGACGGGACGUCUUGCGCCAAUGGAUGGGUUUGCCAGCAUCGCUGGCCAGCACUGAGGAACAUGGUGAAGUUCAGGAAUGCCGUGGGCAAUGCUCCAGUGGUGGCGUGGCAAGACAACGGCUCCAAUCAGAUUGCCUUCUCAAGAGGAAAUAAGGGAUUUGUUGCCUUCAAUAAUGACGUUGUUGAUCUCAAUCAAAAAUUCCGCACCAGAUUAGCUGCAGGGACGUAUUGUGAUGUCGUUUCUGGAGAGAAGAUCGACAAUUCGUGCACAGGAAAGACACUUCUAGUGAGAGGCUCUGAAGUGGCAGUUAUUCUGAGAGCAGAUGAUGAAUAUGGAGUUGUAGCGAUUCACUCUUCGUCCAAAUUGUAGUACAUUUAUGAUUUUUUGUAAGAAUUAAACAAAAAUACAAAAACUAUCCAU